AAUUACAGUCACGUUCAAAUCGGCUUCAUACUCUACAUGUAUAUAGAACCAUAAAAACAUGUCAAGGGUCGGCAAAUAACUGUCUUGCCGAAGCGUAGACUGACGCGAUGUGGCGUUGUGGCUAGUGCGACCCGCGAAUCGGCGGGGUUGGAGGGGCAGCGUCGGUACCAUACGAAUGUUUGGAGAGUCUUGAGUCACUUCACAACCACAUACAACAAAAACAGCUACAGUACUGGUCUGUGGCAUAUAUCACAUCUCAAGGAGCUCAAAAGUAUAUCAUAGGGAAUAUUCGAUGAGCGGCACCAAGAAGAUCAUCCUCCCCGUGGAGGGCGAGCGCAACGUGCUCAUCACGAGCGCUCUGCCCUACGUCAACAACGUUCCCCAUCUGGGCAACAUCAUUGGCAGUGUCCUUUCUGCUGACGUUUUCGCUCGUUUCUCUCGUGCGCGAGGCUACAACACCCUCUACGUAUGUGGAACCGACGAGUACGGUACGGCGACCGAGACAAAGGCAAUCGAAGAGAAGUGCACACCACAGGAGCUUUGUGACAAGUACUAUGCGUUGCACUCGGAGGUCUACGAGUGGUUUAACAUCAGCUUCGAUCACUUCGGCCGCACGCCCACACAGCAACAGACCGAUAUUGCGCAAGAUAUAUUCACAAAACUGCACAAGAACGGCUUCCUCGAAGAGCAAACCACAACGCAGCCGUACUGCGAAACCCACAAGAGCUUUUUGGCGGACCGAUUCGUCGAGGGUACCUGCCCGCUGUGUAAUUACGAAGAUGCGCGAGGUGACCAGUGCGACAAGUGCGGUCAUCUGCUCGACCCUCUUGAGCUGAAGAACCCCCGCUGCAAGCUCGACGGAGCAACGCCAGUCCCGCGCGAAACGAAGCACGUCUACCUCUGCUUGGAUAAGCUACAACCGCUGGAGGAGGAGUGGUUCAAGAAGUCGAGCACGGAGGGCAACUGGAGCUCUAACGGCGUGCAAAUCACGGCAUCUUGGCUCAAGGAGGGUCUGCGCGCGCGAGGCAUCACGCGUGAUCUGAAGUGGGGAACUGCAGUCCCACUCGAGGGCUAUGAGGAUAAGGUCAUGUACGUAUGGUUCGACGCCUGCAUUGGCUACGUCUCGAUCACAGCAACAUACACCGAUGAGUGGGAGAAGUGGUGGAAGAACCCCGAGAACGUCAAGCUGUACCAGUUCAUGGGCAAGGACAACGUGCCGUUCCACACCGUCGUCUUCCCAUGCUCGCAGAUCGGCACCAAGGACAAGUGGACCAUGCUCAACACCAUUUCAACAACCGAGUACCUGAACUACGAGAAGGGCAAGUUCUCCAAGUCGAGAAAUAUUGGCGUAUUCGGCAACAACGCGAAGGACACUGGCAUCGCGUCUGACGUCUGGCGCUACUACCUCCUCUCGCAUCGACCGGAAACCGGAGAUUCAGAAUUCGAGUGGGACAGCUUCAUUGCGGGAAACAACAACGAACUGCUGAAGAACCUGGGUAACUUCGUGAACCGUGUCAUCAAGUUUGUCAACUCAAAGAUCUACGAUUCGGUUGUUCCAGAUUACACUAAGUUCGAGGACGACUACUUCGUCUCACACAAGAAGAAGGUCAACGACUUGCUGAAGAAGUACAUCGAGGAGCUUGAGGAUGUCAAGAUCCGCGCGGCACUGAGCACAGCAUUGCACUUGUCCAGCUUGGGCAACCAACUGCUGCAGGACAACAGGCUUGACAACAACCUUGCCACAACCGAGCCCGAGCGAUGUGCUGCAGUCGUCGGCCUGGCUUUGAGCCACAUCCACCUUCUGGCUAGCUUGAUCGAGCCUUACAUGCCCGAUACAACAAAGAACAUCCUCAACCAGCUCAACGCCGAGUUCCUCAUCAUCCCCGACAACUGGGAGGCCAAGUCGCUCCCCGUUAACCACAAGAUCGGCAAGGCUGCCUACCUGUUCUCUCAGAUUAAGCCCGAGAAGGAGCAGGAGUGGCGCGAGCAAUUCGGAGGUGAGGAGGCGCGCAAGGCCAAGGAAGAGAAGGCGAAGAAGGCCGCCGCAAAGAAGGCCGACAAGGAGAGGAAGAAGGCGAAGAAGGCUGCUGGCAAGGCCGAGGGUGUCGAAGCUGGUGAGAAGGGCAAGGAUGGCCCAGCAGACAAGAAGGCCGAAGAAGCUAUCUCCAGUGGUGUCGAGCAGGUCACUCUCCAAACGUCCUAGUGGGACGUCUGGUUAAGGUACUACAUGGAAGCUGGAGUGGCGUUGGACAAUCCGGAGUCAGUGGGUGUUGAGACUCUGCGUGGCUAAGGGUCAGUGUUUGCAAAAGUAGCAGCGACGAACACCUCGCGCGCAAAGAUUCGAUAGCAAUUCAACAUAAGUUUUCACAGCCCGCGGCGCCUUUGACUUGAGGUUCUCGGCCUCGCGGGACGAAGACAGUCCGCAUCCUUUACGCCAAGGGAGCUUGACUCGAGGUCUUGGAGCCCCCACUCUUUGCUCCCAAGACGAUAAACCCGAAAAUUUUAUCUGAUCGUCUUAUGGCGAGUCGCCCGCCUGAUUAGAUCCAGAAACUGUCUUCAGGCACCUCGGUCGGUGUUGCCGAUUGGGUGGCGAAGGGAGCUGAUACUAUCUGACUCGAAAACGGCUUGCCGUUUUAACGUCACUUGAAGACAC